AUGAAAAACCAUAAUAUUCCAAAAAGUUCAGAAAGAUAUGGUAAACUCAUUUAGCCAAUACGUAAUUCAGUUCCAGUUGGAUUAUUUUCUAGUUAGAAUUCUCUAUUUGCUUCAAUUCUAUCUGUAAAGAGUAGAGAGAAGGAUAGUAAGAGUUAAAAACAAAAGAAUUCUUAAACUCAUUUUGAAGCAGCAACAUAAAGAGCAGUAACACCAAAUAAUUAAAAUCCAUCUAUUUCAUUUACAACAAAGUAUCAUUUAAGUAAUCAACCUCAAAAACAAAAAAAGAAAUCUAAUUUAAUAAAUAAGGAAUCAUUUUAAUCAAAAAUUUCCAAUCUUAUUUGUUCAAAUAAAAGUGCGGAUUUUGAUAAUUUAAGUUCUUAAAUUAAAGAGAGUGAUGAUUAAGAAAUCAAUAGAAUUUAUAAUAAUCUUAAAUGUAUUAAUCAAAAAAUCAAUUCCAUAAAAUUAAAUUAGUUAUCUCAAUAGAUAUUAUGUUCGUGGUAAAAAGUGUUAGCAUCUAAUUGUGAAAAGUUGAUAGAAAUUAAUUAAUAGAAAAAGAAAAUAGAAUUAGGAUAUCCAUAAUUAAUAAAAAGUGAUAGCACUUCAUCUUAAGUAUUUGAUUCUUCUGGUCUCAAUCUUGAGAAAUUAUUAGCUGAAGAAAGAAGGAAUCGCCUUUUAGUUGAAGAAUAAACAAGCAAAAUAAUAUAAAGUCAAGAAUCUGAAAUUAAAUCAUAUGUAAAUAUUUCUAUAUAUUAUUAGAUUGAGAAAAUCAAAUAAUUAGAAUAGAAAUUAAUUGAAAAGAAUUCUUGGCAAAAAUGA